CGGUGCUGGCUGCUCCAAAAGUGAAAGCGCAAGGACGAACCCCUUCAUAUCCCUUUGAAGAGGCAUACAUAAGCGUUUUUGUAAUGCUUAUGCGCACGAAUGCACAGCUUGCUGCGAAGAGCCCGUUCGGGCGCCACGUACGAAAAACAAGAAUCGCGAUGGGAGACCCCCAAACUAGACCCUGUUCUAGACUGCAGCCUAUUCUUGCAUCGACAUUGUAACUCAAUACAUACUGUUACUUUGAGCACUGGUGCUUCUCGUUCGGGGACGCUAGCUGUUUGGAGCGCUGACUUUCAAGGUCUGCGCUUGGCUCAUCGCCCAACACCAACAUUUAUGAAGGAUAUUGAACAAGCGGUCGCCGCGAUCCUAGAGAAGCAGAAGAAGCAGCCGGACGGGCUUGUGUCCCUUAUCCUUGACUCUACGUGCAAGGCUACUCACGUCAAGGGCUUGGACGCGUUCGUAAACCUCAAGACGCUAUCGCUCUGCAGCCUUGGACUGACCUCGCUCGAGGGAUUCCCAAAGCUUCCCAAGCUUGAGCGCCUCAUUCUCACUGAUAACCGCAUCACAGGCGGUCUCCAACACCUGGUAGACGCCGGCCUCACCAGCCUGCGCAUCCUAGAGCUAGCCAACAACCGCAUCUCGCGCGUCGAGGAGCUCGAGUCGCUCAAGGGCCUGACAUCGCUGCAGAGCCUUGACGUGGACGCGUGCCCGCUAGCCACCAAGCCGGACUUCGACCCCAAGAAGGUCUUCACAAUGCUGAAGGAGCUCAAGUACCUGAACGGCGCCGACGAGGAGGGCCGCGAGCGCGACGGUGACGAGGAGGAGGAGGACUUCGAGGAGGAGGCCGGCGAGGAGGAGUACGAGGAGGGCGGCGGCGAGGGCGAGGAGGAGUUUGAGGACGAGGAGGGCGCCGAGUUCGAGGAGAAGGAGUACGCCGUGCUGGUCGGCACCGACGCGGUAGGGGAGGACGAGGAGGGCGACUACCAGGAUGAGGGCGAGGGCGAGGACGACGAGGAGGAGGAGGGCGAGGAUGAGGAGGAUGAGGGCGCGGAGGGCGCCGAGCCCGCUGCCGGCGGCACCAAGCGGAAGCGCGAUGACGAGGGUGAGGAGGGCGACGAGUAAGCAGCGGACCCUUAGCGGCUUGAUUGCGAGGCCCGUUGCGAGGUUGGAGAGCCUUUCACGGCUUCGCCCACCCAUCCCUUUUUGUAGCUUUAUAUGAAAUGUGCCCUGUAGUUGUAGUGUUUGAGUAUACUCCAAACGUGGCGAAAUUCGGCGUGAUGUUUGCGCUUUGUGGUGGAGGCACCCAAGUCGUGUGUUCUGUGGAGGUGGCACGGGACGUUCGCGUGUGUCUUGCGGACAUGUGCGUCGUGACUGAGCUGCAUGCGGACCUCGGGACGGACAGACCCUGACUCAUGACCCUGAUUGUCGUUGGGAUUUGACUGUUGAGCCCCUACGAGACUUGAGCAAGGGCAAGCGCAUGCGCGACACACAUAUGACAUGUGUAUGAAAGGAUCGGUGUACCGUAUAGGAAGGCGUGGGCCCGCAACAGGGUGCGCACACAAGGCGCGAGGCUCUGCUCAUGACUUUGUUCUUGGCUUGUCAGGCCCCACACUUGCCAUGGUUUCUCACGCAUUUAAGUCUCGUAACACGCUCGGACAAGAAUCAUGAUGAGCAGAGUGUGUCUAUGGUCCAGCCAGUGCGCGCGUGUCACCACGCUCGCAUGGGAGAACUGGGCGAGAAAUUGUGCUGUAACGGUGUCGGAGU